CUCCAACUCCAUCUUGCAUCUUGCAUCUUGCAUCUUCAUUCUUCAUCAACACCACAGCUCGCAAUACUCUUUGUCGAGCAUCUUUAUUCACAUCCAACUCGGUCGCAUUCUCGAUCCGAUUGCCAUCAUGAAGAGCGCUCUUCUUACCGCUGCCGCGCUUCUGGGCUCUGCUCAGGCCGGCGUCCACAAGAUGAAGCUCAACAAGGUUCCUCUUGCCGACCAGCUGGCUAUGAACUCCGUUGAGGACCACCUCCAGAGCCUCGGUCAGAAGUACAUGGGUGCUGCUCGCCCCAAGAACGCUGCCGAUUACGCCUUUGCUACCAACGUCCCCAGCGUUGAGGGUGGCCACCCCGUUCCCGUUUCCAACUUUAUGAACGCUCAGUACUUCUCCGAGAUCACCAUCGGUACUCCUCCCCAGAGCUUCAAGGUUGUCCUCGACACCGGUAGCUCCAACCUCUGGGUUCCUUCCCAGGAGUGUGGCAGCAUCGCCUGCUACCUGCACUCCAAGUACGACUCAUCUGCUUCAUCAACUUACAAGAAGAACGGCAGCGAGUUCGAGAUCCAUUACGGCUCUGGCAGCUUGUCCGGUUUCGUCUCCAACGAUGUCGUUUCCAUUGGUGACCUUAAGAUCAAGGACCAGGACUUUGCUGAGGCUACCAAGGAGCCCGGUCUGGCCUUCGCUUUCGGUCGCUUCGACGGCAUCCUCGGUCUCGGUUACGACCGCAUUGCCGUGAACGGCAUGGUCCCUCCCUUCUACCAAAUGGUUAACCAGAAGCUCCUGGACGAGCCCGUCUUCGCCUUCUACCUUGACGGUCAGGAGGGCCAGAGCGAGGCCACUUUCGGUGGUGUUGAUAAGUCCAAGUACACUGGCGACCUCGAGUACAUUCCUCUCCGUCGCAAGGCUUACUGGGAGGUUGACCUCGAUGCCAUUGCUUUCGGUGACGAAGUUGCUGAGCAGGAGAACACUGGUGCUAUCCUCGACACCGGUACUUCUCUGAACGUCCUCCCCAGCGCCCUCGCUGAGCUCCUGAACAAGGAGAUUGGCGCCAAGAAGGGCUACAACGGCCAGUACACCAUCGAGUGCGACAAGGUUUCUUCUCUGCCCGACAUCACUUUCACCCUUGCUGGUUCCAACUACAGCCUUCCCUCCACCGACUACAUCCUUGAGGUCCAGGGCAGCUGUAUCUCUACCUUCCAGGGUAUGGACUUCCCCGAGCCCGUGGGUCCUCUUGUUAUCCUCGGUGAUGCUUUCCUCCGACGAUACUACUCUGUCUACGACCUCGGCAAGAACGCUGUCGGUCUGGCUCGCGCCAAGUAAGAAAUGAACAUUUAUGUAUGAAUUAUUUGAUAGCGCAUGGGAAUAUGCAGCAUGGACAUGGGUUUGGACAUUAGCAGGGGACUACUAGUUUGAACUUUACGACAGACUUGAGUAUGCUGUAUUGAGGAGAUAGCUCCUCAAACUUGAUGCUCUGUAAUAUGAUUAUAUGGGUUUUUAC